UUAUUUAUUUGAAAUUAUUGUUAGGUUUCAACAUAAAUGGCAAGUGCAGAAAGCAACUCAAUAGAGUCUCCAAUGGUAUCAAAAAAAGAUCCUGCGUGGAAGUAUAAUUAUUUGAAGGAUCCGAAAGAUCCUAAUGCAGUGACUUGUAUAUUCUGCGAUAAGACUACCAGAGGUGGUAUUUUUCGUGCAAAACAACAUCUAGUAGGAAAUUUCAAGAAUGCAGCAGCUUGCAAAAAAUGUCCACCUGAGAUAAAAGAAGAGUUGCUGAAUUAUAUGAAUGAAAAGAAGACACAAAAGAAUGAAUCUUAUGGGAAUUUACCAGAAGACAAUGUUGAACAUAUCAGAGAUGAAGAAGAAGAUUAUUCUACGAGUAUUAACCCAAGUGAAAAAAGAGUAUACGACAAAAAGGGAAAAGAAGUUAUGAGUACUAAAAAAGGUAGAAAAGGACCGAUGGAUCUAUAUAUGCUUCAAGGAUCCCAGAAACAACAAGGGCAAGCAGGAGGCUCAAAAUUGAGACAAACAAAUAUAAGUGAUGCUUGUGAUAAAGAAAUAAGAGGAAGAACAAUUCAGCACAUUGCUCGCUUCUUCUAUCAGGCUGGUCUUCCCCUUAGUACAACUCGUUUAGACAGUUUUAAGGAUAUGAUUGAAGCUAUUGGAAGAUAUGGUGCAGGAUUAAAACCUCCAAGUUAUUAUGAGAUGCGAGUUCCAUUGCUGCAAAAAGAGUUGAAUUAUACAAAUGACUUACUAAAGGGUCAUAAAGAAUCAUGGGCAACACAUGGUUGCUCUAUUAUGUCAGAUGUUUGGACUGAUAGGAGGCGUAGGAGUAUAAUUAAUUUUAUGGUUAAUUGUUCUUUAGGGACUAUGUUUGUGAAGUCAAUAGAUGCUUCAUCUUUUGUAAAAUCUGGAGACAAGAUAUAUGAUUUACUUGACAACUUCGUGGAAGAAAUUGGAGAACAAAAUAUCGUUCAAAUCAUAACCGACAAUGGAAGCAACUAUGUUUUAGCUGGUAAAUUGCUUGAAUCAAAAAGACAACACUUGUAUUGGACUCCAUGUGCAGCACAUUGUAUUGAUUUAAUGUUGGAAGAUAUUGGAAAGAUCUUAGAAAUCAAGAAGACCUUAGAAAGGGCAAUUUUUGUUGUUGGAUUUCUUUAUAAUCACAUUGGGGCUUUGAAUAUGAUGAGAGAAUUUACAGGGAAUAAAGAAUUAGUGAGACAUGGUGUUACCCGAUUUGCUACUUCAUUCUUGACAUUACAGAGCAUGCAUCGUCAAAAACAUACUCUGAGAAAUAUGUUUACCUCUGAGAAAUGGGUGACAAGCAAAUGGGCAAAAGAAGCAAAAGGCAAGAGGGCUGCUGAUAUCAUCUUAAUGCCAUCCUUUUGGAAUCAUGUAGUUUAUAUAUUAAAGGUAAUGGGCCCUCUUGUUCGAGUCCUUCGAUUGGCGGAUAAUGAAAAUAAGCCUGCAAUGGGAUAUAUUUAUGAGGCUAUGGAUAGAGCAAAGGAGACGAUUAAAAGAUCUUUUAAUGAAAAUGAAGAAAAAUAUGAGAAAAUUUUUACAAUCAUUGACGAAAGAUGGAAUUGUCAACUUCAUCGUCCCUUACAUGCAGCAGGAUAUUAUUUGAACCCUGAAUUCUUUUAUAAGAUUAAAUCUGUUGGAUUUGAUGCAGAAGUUUUGGGUGGGUUAUAUCAGUGUGUUGCAAGAUUAGUUCCCAGCAUUGAGGUUCAAGAUAAGAUUAUUCAUGAAUUAUCUUUAUAUAAAAAUGCUGAAGGUCUUUUUGGAAUUCCAAUUGCCGUUCGAUCCAGGACAACUACCUCUCCAGGUAUUAAUAAUUUGAUAUAAUUAAUUUCAUAUAUAUUAUGUUACUAUGUUAUUGCUAAUAAUAACAUAAAUUUUGCAGCUGAAUAGUGGAGUCUAUUUGGAAAUUCCAUCCCGAACUUACAGAAAUUUGCUGUCAAAGUACUUAGUUUGACAUGUAGUGCUUCGGGUUGUGAGCGAAACUAGAGUGUCUUUGAGCAUAUUCACUCGAAGAGAAGAAAUCGGUUAGAACAUCAACGAUUGCACGAUCUUGUUUACAUAAAGUAUAAUCAAGCUUUGAAGACUCGUCAUGAUUUGAAAAAUAGAUUUGAUUCAAUCUCAUUGCAAGAUAUUGAUGAUUCAAAUGAGUGGUUAGUAGGAGAAAUGGGUGCUAACUUGCAAGAUGCUGAAGACGAGCUUGUAUUUGAAGAUGAUAGAUUGACGUGGGGAGAUGUGGCAAGAGCUUCAGGUGCUGGAGAAUUACAAACAUAUACAAGACAGAUGUUAAAGAGAAAAAUGAGUGCAAAAGCAUCAAGCUCGGCUCCUACUAUUGUUGAAGACAUAGAGAAUGAAACAUAUCUUGAUGAAGAGGAAGGAAUCGAAGAACAAGAGGAAGAAGACGAAUUCAAUGAAGAUGAUUUGUGUGAAAAUGACGAUAAUAUUGAUUAUGAUGAAUGACUUUAAUGUAAAAUGUUAAUGUUUUGAAUUUUGAAACUUUUUGUUAAUGUGACAUUGUGAUUUUGUAUCUUAGAUUUUCUUAAUUUAAUAGCAUAUUUUUAUUUAAAAUUUUAAAUAAUUAUAUUUAUUAAUUAUAUUAUAUAUUUUUAUAUUUUAGCGCCUCGCUUCGCUCGGGCGAGCGCCUGGGCGAGCGCCUAGCGCCUCGGGCGUUUUUGGACCUUGGCGCCUAGCGCUUUUUAAAUCACUGAUUAUGAUGACAUACGGUGUGAAAGUAUACGUAUAUGUUAUAAUAUGAGGUGUAGAACUUUGUGAGUUCACCAUGCUUACUACAUGUGCAUAUAAGCAUUUUGAAUUAUUUCUACGUAGAAUUUUAACUCUUUAUUUUGCAUAUGCUAUGUUAUAGGGUUAUGCUUGCUAAAUAAGUCAUAGGAUGAGGGGUUUACCGUUAAAUAUCUUAUACUAAUGAUUUUGAAAUGUUGUAUACAUAACAUGAUGCAUGUUCACCUGAAUAAAGCUUUGAAGACUUAUACUUACUGAGUAAUUACUUACUGGAGACUCUAAUUUGCAUAUAAGGAUACUAGUUCCCAACCCAAGUGAUUGGGCAGGAAAGUAAACACGUGCAAGCCCAUGCUAGUGUAGAUCUAAACGAUGACCUGUGGGAAUUUUGUGUAUAAAUUUUAAAUAUGUUAUAUUUAUGUUUUUCUUUGGUUAGAAGUUAUAAUCAUGUACAUGUGUCAAAAAUAUUAUGUAAAGCAAAAGCCUUAUGAUUUUGAUUAGUAAAUUAGUAUGUUUUAAUUUUAAAAUUGCAUGCCUUCCGUUGCACUCUUAUCGAUCAAUAAUGAAACUUGAAAAUAUGAUAUCCUACUUUAGUCAUGCAUGUAGGGUAUGAAUGAAACUAGGAGUAAGAUGCUACAUAAACGAUUCUUGAAGGAUCUUGUGGAUCAUUCUUCUCUGAUUUCUUUCUGGUGUGAGGGGUUUAUCUUGGAUGCUUUUGGGGGAAUUGUUAGUGUUUGUGAAUCUUUUUAGGCUUAGCAACCUGUCAAUGGAUUAAGGAGUUCUUUGGUAAAGAAAAUGUUAAUACGACUUUUUGAUGAACAAUACAUGCUUGGGGAACAAUGAUUCAAGUAUUCAAUCGAUGACUUGCGGAUGGCACCAAAGAGUUCUAUAUCAAAAACUUGUAAUACUGACUGGUGGCAGUUAACACCUUAAAGAAAGUGUACCAAUUCACCAUAAGCCCAUCAAUCUUGUUCUUUCCAUCUCAAAAACUUGUAAUGCUGAGUGGGGGCAGUUAUCACCUUAGAGAAAGUGUACUAAAACACCAAAAGGCCAUCAAUUGUUCUUUUCAUCUCAAUUUUGUUUUAUUUUGAUCUAUUAAUUCUUCAAACAAUUUUAGAUAAUUCCCACUAAAAUUCAGUUUAUGAACUUUCUUAAAUCUUCCAGUACGUAACAUUAAAAUUGCUAAUAAUUGGAGGCCAAAUGACCUUGGUGGAGCAUUCGUCUGUUAUUAUCAAUUUGAGCACACUUAGAAGUUGGUAUGAGAAAGAUGCAAAUGCAGUAGACCUCACAAUAAUUUUGAAUUGGUAGAUGAUGACAUAAACAUGCUUUAUGUUAUAGUAUAAAUUUUAUAUGGUUCUUUAUUCUACUAGUUCUUGUAUCACCUUUUCUUCCUAGGAUGGCUAUUGGUAGUUUGUCUGCAAAUGAACUCAUUUAUGAUCAAUAACCUUUUACUUAUGUUGUUCCAGUGUUGAUGAUUAAUUAGGUUUUAUUAUUCCUUUCACAAAGAGUUCCUUGGUUAUGGAAAAAACUAUAUUUUCAUUUGUUUAAUUUCAAUGUCCUAGAAAUUUAUGACCAAUUUUAUGCUUGUGUUAAGGAAUUCCAUUGCAGGUGUGAAAAUAUCUACAUUAUAUAUGUGUAAAGGUAUGGGGUCUUGUGACCUAUGGUUCAUGCAUUGAUAAUCUUUUCAACUCUAUGCUUAUAGUAAAAUUGCUUGAUAUACCUGACCAAAAGGUUGCUCUACUUUUGAACUUUAAAGGGUUUAAUUGCUUCUUUAAGUUAUAGUUAAAUAAAAGGAAAAUUUAUUGUUAGCUCUAAGUUUUUUAUAACAUAAUCUAAGUCCGAAAAUGAGUGCAGCUCAUAUUGUAACACAAGGAUGCUUUAAGUAGUAAGCUUCUAGGAUAACUGUAUAGUUUUCUGUCAGCAACACCUAGACAAUAUAACUGAAGAGUUUUGCAUGGGAAACUCCCGUUGGAUGAUGGGCUUGGAUGUUUGGAUGUAGACAAAUUGAUGGUUCUCCUUCUGCAACUCAGCAAAGACAUUGCUAAGUCCCACUAAGUCGUCAGCUUUUGUCCAUACAUAUUGGCAUUGAUUAGUCUAAAAAAUGGUGUAUGCUUCUUCCACUGCUGUUAGUAAUCAGAAACAGUUUUAUUUUCCUUAUUCUGUUGUUCUCGUGGACGAUAUUUACUAUCAGAAGUUUGAAAUAUGCACAUGCUUCCAUGUCUG